CUCGCCCCGAUAAGGCUGAGGAGAGACCUACAACAACACGUCAACUCUUGGCUCCUGUCCCACGAAAAGGGGCAUACUACUAUUUUUAUUUUUGCAUCGGAUUCACGUUCCUUCGGGAGUCGUCCACUCUGCGACAGAAACUAUCGACCAGCCUUGUGCGACGACCGUGCAUUAACUUAAUGAAAUGACGUCGACGUCUUAUUUCUCUACAACGGAAUAGAUUUUUAUCCAUCAAUCCAUCGCGGAGUCUCAAGAUUGUGCGGCGUUCAAGCGAGGUUGAAGAAGAAAGAAACACCAGUUCAGUCGUCGCUCUUAUAUUCUAGGGAUUUUUAUACCUUCAGACGAGAAAAGACUGACGUUUGAUCUACCCGCAGCGUGUGUGUUUUUGUGCAUGGAUAAUUGCAGAUUCCUAUCGGGGUCGUGGAUUUUAUGCUGAGAACAGAUCUGAACCUAUAAUACACUGACUCGGAGUAUAGCCACCUAUGGACGCCACCCCUGCCUGCCCCUGCACAUCCAGGAACUUCAUACAGGCAGGCGAGCGUUCUGACUACUGAACCACUGUUAGGCGUUGCAGAUUAUGACCCAUUUAGAAAUGCGGAACUUCGAUAUGCAUUACGACCCUGAGGACGCCGAGAUGUCGGCCCAGGAGCGCCUUCUCUUCAACAACAACUUCAACAACAACCACCACCAUCACCAACACCCGCAGCAGCAUCUUUCGGGCAGUGGAGAGGAGGAGAACCAGUACCAGGUACCCUAUGCCCACCUACACCAGCACCAGUACCUGCAGCACCAGCAACAACUUCAGCACCAGCAGAUGCCUGGUAUGUACAGCGGUAGCGGCGGCAGCAGCAGCGACGGCCGACAUGGAACCUUCAGGCCGUCCACCCCGCGCAUGAACGGCAACCACCACUCACCAGUGCCUCACCAUCAUUCUGGCAACAGCUUUCAUGAUAAGUACAGCGUGGCUUACCCUGUGCGUGAAGAUCAUCUAGGAAGACAUAGCAAUCGCUCGAAUGGUUCUGGUAUCGUGUAUCGACCCAGGCGGAAACUUUGGUGGAUGGCGGCCAUGUUGGUUCUCUUUCUGCUCCUAGUGGCGGGUGCUGUCGUCAUCGCGAUUUACUUCACCGUUCUCAAAAAAGAGGCGGAGCCUCAGGAAACCGUGGGAGGGACUGUAAUGGAAACGGACGAUGGCCACACGCCACAGACUAGCGAAGAAGAGUUUGUCACGAAGCAGCCACCGUAUAACUUCCCGAAUCUUGGCACAACACCUCAUCCCCCGCGCGGUUCUUUCUUUCCCAGUUUCUCGGAUACGAAAGUUCAGAAGUUCGAUGCAUACUGGCACCCUGGUGAUUCCCGCCUUUUUGUGGCGUCCCUAACCAACGGUACAGUAAUCCAGGUGUUCGGCCCCAAGAAGAGCGACGGAACAGUCAAGUCCCUGUACUCGCUCAGCAUGUCUGGAGCGGACGGGAUGGUGAGGUCUGUGCGCUUUCUUGGUCAGCGCAAUCUGGCGUCUGUCGUGCUGCCCAGUGGCGUGAUUGUCAGCUACGACUGGUCAGCCAACAUGCUGGACAUGGAGAUCAAAGUGUUUGAGCCGUACACGGAGGGAACAUUGGGUCCUAUCUCGCAUUUGGCUUUAGUGGAAGUCGGGGUCCGGUCUUACCUGUUGAGGCAAAUCUCCAAGGUUAUGACCGACCUGAGAACUCUGCGUAAACCUUUAUUCGAUCGACGGCGCGGAUCAACCAAGUGCUUCUCUCGUUUCCCCGUCAUGGUGACCAAGUGCGGUGGCCAGUACCCGUAUGACGGCGCUUUCGUACAAGGGGAGAUCACUGGAAUUGAGACGCCAAUCACCAUGGCAGCGCUGCCGUGGCCUAAAGAAGCAGACCCGUGCUACGCCCAAGAGUCCGGAUCCGUGUCCAAUUAUUACCUGCCCCUUCCUGGACAAGUGGAUGACGACAACGCGACCAUGAUCAAAGACGCCUACACGGCGUCGUCUGCUCGGCUCUUCACGGAACUAUGCAACAUCAUCAACGAUCAGGUGUAUCAGGAGAGGCAGAAUCUGUGCUCGGAUAUGGCUGAUAAAGUGGCCAAGAAGCUGAAACGACAACGUGUGUACAGCAUCAUCUACGACAGCUGUAGCGCUAUCCUCAACUCGCUGCACACUGCUUGCGUUGCCAUCUCUGGCAUUGCCUCUUCUGACAACAUGCCCUCGCUGACUGAGAACGGCCUCAUGAGGAGUUUGAACCGCCGCCUGUCUGACAGCUUCCAGCCUGGUCUGCCGGACCAGGUAGACCUCAAGGCUCAUGCUUUUUGCCCGUCCUCUCUACCUCUUAGCUCUUACCAAAGCACAGUUGCCAUCCAUGCGAUCCGCGGUAACGUAGCUCAGGACGUUAUCCACAUCAACUGCCCGGAUUACCCAGAAGUCACCAAGGUGGAUCUGGACCAUCUGCUGACCACAUCAGAGGUCCAGUCUUCUGCUAGCCACUACGACUUGGUUAAACACAAGAUGACUGUCUGCUCCAUUUGCGCUUUUGAGAAGUCCGUGCACGCCAAGAUUGUGUACGACGAAAUGAUCUGCAACAACACUUGCUCCAAAAACAACAUGGCAGAAAUCAUCCCUGAUGUGUAUGUGCGCGAAGGAAAAGAGUUCCUGAAGCAAGACAGUGUCUACUGCCACGACUUUCUCACCGCCGUCGACAACAGAAUGGAACCUUUGGGACGUCAGUGCGUGGCCAACUGCAUGUCACAUCUUCACGUCAAGUUCCUAAUCAGAGACCCAGCUUCUGAAGUCGUUUACUACGAUCAGACUGUUCAGUGCUCCGAACUUAGAUCUCAUUCUUGUAAGAUGAAAUUUGGGAGGUGAAGAGCUAUCUUGAGAGACGAGACAUGAACUGAAUACUGCAAUACCUGGAGUGACUUAAAGACUCUCCAGGUUUCCAAGAAUUGGCAGCAUCUGUGAUAAAACCAUAGUUACUGCAGUAACUAAGCCGAUAUAAAGAUCCCCACAUUCUGCAAUGGAAAAAUGUGGGGUUAUCUUUUAAUGCUGUCAGAAUCUCAUUUUAUGCACCAAGAGUGUGCUCACAAACACUGCAAAUAAACUGAGCACUGGGAGAGGACGACAUGGGAGACCCGUUGGUGUGUCCGUGAAGAAAGACUUCUUGGGAAGAAAUAUGUCACCGACGCCAAAGGCCAAAAGUACCCACAAUGAUCUGUCUUCGUGAAGGAGAGACCAAGGAUCUCCGCUCCGAGGCAGCAUCUGUGAUAAAAUAAUGGCAUGUCUAAACAUCUGUAGACCAGACUGUUCGGUCAAACGUGUAGAGGAGAUAUGACUCAGUCACCCUCACCAUAACGGUCCUCAUACACCAGGGAGCUUUUUGUUUCAUUAUUUCGUCAAAGAUUUGAUUUCUUCUGAAAUACUGUACCCUCCCCCCCACACACACACAUCACAGCCCUCUCUAUUGGUCGUCUCGAAGAGUGUACAUACCUAUGGGACAUAUUGUGUGUAGCUUGUGUGACCAGGAAGAUUACAUAAAACUGCCGAACGCCGUUGUUUGUUUUGUGUGGAGUUUAAGGUCAACUAUUGAAUGAUAAACUUUUCACUUCAUUCGUUCCGUGCCCAAAGAGACUACCGUUACGAAUCACGACGUAUCGGAGAUAAGGUGAUCGUUGCUAACAGCCUCGCUUCACAUGUCCUUUGGGUUGAGGAAAAACUUGUGCUGUUUUCACAUAGUGUAAGGUAUCAUAACAAUCACAGUAAGGAAACAUGUAGAUGGUUGACUGCAUAGAACAAAAACUGUGUGUGAACUUGGGAGUAUAAAUAUAUCUCCAGGACAAAUUAUAAUUUAUUUGUUUUAUUUUUGUGUAUAUUUAUUUUGGUAUAUUAUGAUCACCGUCAGUCAGUAAGACGAGACACCGAGAAAUCAUACUCUUCUUGUGUUCAUGUGUACGAGAAAAUAAUGACAUUUAUUGAAUCUUGGAUUUCCCUGCUUUUUCCUAUAAUAAUUGGAAAAAAAAUCUUGGAAACACCAGUUGGGAGGAGUCAACAGCGGCCACGCCAUGUCGUUGGUACACAAAGUUCAACACUUUCUCUUAAAGAAAUGCCAGCUCCCUCCACGCCUUGUCUACUCUCACCCUGACAAAGAUGGCCACUGGGAGAAGCUUCCUUCUUCUACAGAAUUAAUUUCCUGUUUCAUUUCCCCCCUUCAAGUUAAUGAGCGCAGGCAAUAAGUGCAGGGACUCUCUCUUUCUGCUACUCCAUUACGCAUGCGCUUGCGCUGGAAUCCUUUCGUUUGAUACUGAUCUGAGAGUCUGAGAGACGAUCUGGGUCCGGGCCAAAAGAACAGAAUCAAUGAAGUAACUGUUGAAUUCUGAUUUUGUAUUAAGCUGGAAUAUUAUACAAGACAAGAAUAAUUUUCAUAAUCACUGGGGGUUUCUAGAAAGCCGUUAAAGGACUACAUCACUUUUUCAGAACGGAAACGAGGCAGGAGUUCCUUGUUUUUGUUACAUUUAUCAUUUUUAUACAUCCAAUCACUACUUCAUCAGAUAUGCCAAACCAUUGGUGUGGACCAUAGUUUUGUCAUUUUUUAGAGAGAUCGUUUUGUGAACUGCAGUAGUUCUUUGUACGGUUCCCAUACUUCUUAGCUGUACUCUAUGUGCUUUUCAGCUCUGCGGAAUCUUACAUCAGGGCUUGGAUUUACAAGGAACCUACCUGACAGAUGCGGCUCAGCAUAUCUCUUACAUAACAGUUGGGUUCAUUUUGCAAAUCUUCGUUUUGAAAUUAAUGGAAAAAAGAAAAUAAUUAGAUCUAGUACAGAGUCAACUAUCUAUCUCUUAUUAAUUUCUUUAUCAUCACUUUCCCGUUGACUGACUGUUGUUACUGGUCCGACAGACGAGCUCAGAGGGUGUUGCCAAUAGGAACAGAAACUAAA